AUGCCGCCUCAGCCGGACGGGAUCCCCGGCACAAGCGACAUGCCUUUCUUCUCGAGCCUGCACGGGAGGGAGCGUCGCGCCCUCCGUGGAAUAGCCCGGAUUGACCUGCAAUCGGCGGUCAAGUACGGUGAGAAGCAGCAGGCUGCGCCGGACCGCGCUACGGGUGCCCGCCGGUGGAGGUACACCCACGCGAACAUUGUGUACAUCACCGAUGAAACAUCCACGAAGGAGAUCACCUGCUACGCGAAACCAAACUCUCUUCCGCGUGCCAACUUAACCCUGGAGCACAUCCGGGACCAUGAAGCCGCCAAAAGCCGCUUGAAGGCAGAUCCUUCCUUGUGCACAUCGCACACCGUCAUCGUCGUGGACCAGUCCGGAUCCAUGAGGACGUGCGACGUUGAGGACUUCCGCACCCGCUCCAACGCCGUCUUCGGAGUGUUAGCCAUGGAUUUCGUGGCCAAGCAGAGGCUGUCCGGGGAAGCCACGGACAGGGACACCGUCUCGCUGAUCCUGAUGCGAGAUUCAGCGAAGGUUGUGUUCGAAAGGGAGCCUAUGGGCCUGGUCCUGUACAACAAGUUCGUCGGCCUCCACGACCAAAACACGCCGCGGUCGCACGGCAUGUUCCUGCCGGCGCUGAAUACUGCGCAAGGGCUCCUCAAGAGGCACGUCCAUGGCGGGUGCGGCUUGUCCCUGAUGUUCCUCUCCGACGGCCGGCCUAGCGAUCGCAGGCUUUCUUCUCCGAUGAGGACGAUCGCGGACCAGGACUUUUCCGUCCUCGAGGCCAUGGCCGACGCGGCCCAAGCCGUAGGAGCGCACGGGAAGUUCUACCGACCGGAGCUCUCUGCAGAGGGCCUGGGCACCGCUCUCGCUGGCAGUUCGUCGUCCCUGACGGUUGUCAAGUCGAGGCUCACGAGCUUGGCAACGAAGGACGGGCGGUCGCGAGAGCUGCGGAAGGUAGAGAGGGAAUCUGCGGGGGCGAAGUGGGGCCACGACCCUACGACGAUAGAAACGGGGGACGGCUGGGUGGUGUACACGGACGAAGUUCAGCGAUUCGAGUUCUCGUGCAAAGGGAUGCACUUCUCCAAGGACCCUUGGGUCACGGCCAAGCCCUUUUCUGAGGAGGCCAACGCUAUUGCCCUUCGGAAACGGGCUCUGGGAGAGGGGUCCGAGCGAUUGGUGUUCGGAUUGCAGGAAGUGAGCUCUCGCACCGGCAAGUUUGUCGGGCCGAAGCUGGUCGCCAAGGAGAGCAGCUACGUGAACGACGACAACCUCAAGAUGGCCUUUCACGAGUCCUUCGCCAAGACGCAGCACACCUCGAAGCUUCUCGCGGCCAAGUUCAACGAGAGGGUGCGGGAGCGCACGAGCAUCCUCGGGGUACCCACCACCCAUAUCUGGGAGGUGUCGUUCAUCGACUGCUCCGUGUACCAGUUCUUAGAAGGGUCGAUUCUCCGCGGUGUGUUGGUCGAAAAGAUGCUGGAGCCUGCUUGCCGUUACACGAAGUGGAACGGGAACAAUGGGUACGUGCGCAGCGUGUUUGGACCCCCCCCGGUCACCCCAGGCGAGGGGGAGAUGGCACGGCAGGUUCGAGUGGAAGGGAUGAUGGAGGUUAUUGUGGAGGGCGACGAGGAGGACGGUGACGCCAGCAGCGUGGACAGCGACAACGAUUGCCGUCCGACUGAAGAAGCUGGCGCCGAAGUCGGUGGCGCCAUGGCUACCGCGCGUUCAAAAGACAGAACACCAGCAGGCUCUUCGGCAGCCGUGGCGGGCGGCGAAGCUAGCGCCGAAGGCGGCGGUGGCGCUGCCACCGCCUCCGCCGCAACCGGUUCCAUUUUGGGGAAACGUCCGCGGCCCGCUACUACCGCUGACGACGCUAACGGUGGCGACGGCGCUCGCGCUCAUGACCACGCCCCUCUACACCACGGCUUGUCGUCACGCUCUUUCGUUCCCAAAGCGGAGUGCUACCCGCAGGCGUUCUCUCAUUUCUCGUUCUGGCAGACUCGCCGCCGGAUGCUGGUGUGCGAUCUGCAGGGAGUGCUGUCGAGUAGCGGCGCAGGGGAGGACCGCGCGGGAUUUUUCGAGUUCACGGACCCCGUGAUCCACUACAGGUCCAAGUCUGGACGGACCCAGGUUUACGGGAAAACUGACCUCGGCAGGAGCGGCAUGAACCAAUUCUUCGAGACCCACCGGUGCAACGACGUUUGCCGGCUGCUCGGCAUUGGAGAGUAG